GCUUGCACUGUGCGGGCAGGAAGUGCGCCCCUUGGCAUCGGUCUGGCUUCCAAGCCGGCUCCUUUCUCCUGUUUUGCAACCCUGCUUUUCGUUUCAGCGCACUCCCCACCAGACCCUGCACAGCUCCGAAACGGAUGCCACCAGGGAUUGAAGCAGAUUUUCUGCCACUGAGCAGACUGAAGCAGAUUUUCUGCCAACAUUUCUCCGGUGAAACUAGGGACAUCCUUUUCUAUUAUUAUUAUUAUUAUUAUUAUUAUUAUUAUUAUUAUUAUUCCCACCCAUCUGAGUGGGUUGCCCCAGCCACUCUGGGCAGCUUCCAACAUAUAUAAAAACAUAAUAAAACAUAAAACAUUAAAAAAAACUUCCCUAUGCAGGGCUGCCUUCAGAUGUCUUCUAAAGGUUGUAUAGUUACUUAUCUCCUGGGCUAUGGGGUUGCAUAACUCCAUACCCUCCAACAUUUCUUUGAUGAAAAUAGGAAUGUUUCUAAGGAAAAGCAGGACAUUCUGGCAUCAAAUGAGAAACCGGGACGGCUUCUGCAAAUCCGGGACUGUCCCUGGAAAAUAGGGACAUUUGGAGGGUCUGCGAAGGCCCCUUCCCCUGGGAGGCCACCCAGGGAAUAUCUGCUUGGGCUGAGGGCAGCAAAGAUGGCGGCACCCUGGGCCAUUGGCUUCUGCUUUGCAAAGCUUCAGGUCUGGGUAGUUCCACCGGCAGAGAGAUUACAUGAUCCCACCCGGAGAGCCUCCCUGCAGGUUUUCUCAUUGACUCCGGUGACCUCAGAGGAGAUAAUCCCCCCUGCUUUUGUUAUCUAUGGGAAGAGGUGCUGAGUCAUCGCUCUUAAGUGCCAAGGGUGGGCCACCGCCAGAGAUUCCCAUCAUGCCUCUGUGCUUGACGGGCCUUGGAAGCUUGUCAGGAGCUCCUUGGUGAAUCCUAGAACUGCAGAGUUGGAAAGGGCACAAGGGUCAUCUAGUCCAACCCCCCCCAAAAAAAAUGCAAGAAUCUCAGCUCAGGAAUCCCUGACAGGUGGCCAAGCCAAUCUCUGCUCUCCAUGGAAGGAGAGUCCACCUUCUGAGGGAGUCUCAACUGCUCUCCCCCUCAGAAAGCGCUCCAGUUUUCUUUUGCCUACUCUGCAAAAGGGGCUUCUCCUCACAACAAUAACCCAUGAGGGUCCAUGGCGUCCAACAAGCCACCCAAUUUCUCCUGGGUAGCGCCAGGCCAGCUGGCGGGGCUGGCCAUGCCCCGCCUGCCCGCACAUUACCGGUACAUGCACGAACAUGGCAUCCGACAUCUGGUGUCACUCACGGAGCGCAGCCCGCCGUACCACGACACCUGCCCCGGCAUCCAGCUCCACCGCCUGCGUAUCGCCGACUUCUGCCCGCCUUCGCCUGAGCAAAUCCAGCGCUUCCUGCAGAUUGUGGACGAAGCCAACGCCAAGGGGGAGGCUGUGGCAGUGCAUUGCAUGCUGGGAUUUGGCAGAACCGGAACCAUGUUGGCCUGUUACCUCGCCAAGACCCAGAAGAUCACUGGCGUUGACGCCAUCCACGAGAUCCGCAAGCUGCGGCCAGGCUCCAUCGAGACCCACGACCAGGAGAAGGCCGUUGUCCAGUUCCACCACUGUAUCAAAUAGCCAGAGGAAGAGAUGAGGAGUGGCAAUAGGAACUCCUCGGCUGCUGAGUUGACUCCAUGGGGAAUUUUAACUUUACCAUAACCCCUGUUGCUGGGGGAGAGUUAUCUGGCUGCCAAAUGGGGAGGCCGGUUGGUUGGUUUGUUGGUUGGUUGGUUUUCUUGUUUGAAGCAGGUGUAGGCAGUCUGUGGCCCUCCAGAGUUGCUGAACUACAACUCCCAUCACCCCUGGCUGUUGGCCCUGUUGCCAAGGCUAAUGGGAGUUGUAGUUCAGUGACAUCUGGAGGGCCAAUGUUUCCCUGCACAUGCUUUAAAGGGAUGCUUUGGGUUCUUUAGUGGGGGCUUCUGGUUAGAGUACAAACUGAUUAUUAUUUUUUGUGGGAGAUUCAGAUACUCAGGGAACAGGACCCCAUUGCAAGGGUUGGCAGCAAGCAGUGGGUUUUCCCUUUCACCCUGGAAGAAACAGCCAGCAUGGGCAGUCAGGAGACAUUUUACAAACUGUGCAUUUAAGGAGUGUCAUGGGGUGCUAUUUUCUGUCACAAGCCAGCAGAUUCUCCUGUCUUGACACUCACCGCCCAGAAAUAAAGGCGAUCAAAGGUGACAACUGUA